AUGUGGCCUUACUCCGGCAACAUACAAUAUUCAUUGAGGAGUGGCCAGAUUAGCGCCAAUAAAUUGGCGUUCCAUGAGCUUCAAUCCAGAUCGAUCACGGCAGGACUGCCCUUGCACAGAGAACUGGAUUCGAGAGGGGUGUGCUGUGCAUGCGGGGCCACCUCCCGUUAA